AGCUGCUGUAAGUUUGUGAACCGUUUCUUGCAGAACAGAAUUCUUGUCUUUGUUGGACUAUAUAAAAUCAACUUUGAUAAUCGUACUUAAUUAUUUGGUUAUCUAUUCUAGUAUUAUGAAAGAUCUAAAAAGUUUUUCAAUUACUGUUAUUUAGAAAGAACAAGUGUGAUUGUGCAUAUUUUUUUCAGUUAAAACAAUAUGAUUUUUUCAAAGGCCGCAAUUUCUCUAUUAUGUGUGUUAUUAAUUAUAUCAAUAUUUAUGGCUAGCUUACUAAAUAUAAUAGCGACCGACCACAAUUUUUACACUGAAUACAAGGAUGAAGGAUUAAACUAUACAAAAUAUCUAAGUCAAAAAUAUAAGAAAAUAACUGAUAGCAAUAAAAACUUAAUAUGGUUCUUACAGAUUUCUGAUAUACACAUCAGUAUAUUCCGAGACCCAGGCAGAAUAUCUCAAUUCCAGCAGUUUUGUGAUAACACAGUAAAACAUAUAAAUCCCAACAUUGUCCUUGCAACAGGAGAUCUCACAGAUGCUAAAGCUAAAGAUAAUUUGGGCAGUUCCCAAGUUAAAAAAGAAUGGAUUUAUUAUUACAAUAUUAUACAAGAAUCUGGAGUUACGAGUAAUACUAUUUGGUUAGAUAUAAGAGGAAAUCAUGAUAAUUUCAACAUUAAAAAUAUUAAUGCUCAAGAGAAUUAUUUUAGAAACUACUCUGUGCAGGGUAAAACCUAUCCAAAAUCUUAUGUUCAUACUUUAAAUGAAAAUGGCGUAAAAGUGGCCUUUUUAGGCGUUGAUGCGUGCCCUGACCCCGGCAUACGAAGACCGUUUAAUUUUAUUGGGAUAUUAGACAAUCAAGAACAGCAACAUUUACAGAAAUUGAAACUAGAAGCAGAAAAAGCCGAUCAUGUGAUCUGGUUUGGCCACUAUCCUACGUCAUGUAUACUGUCCUUAGAGAGAGAUUCACAGAGACUGAAUCUCCGAAACCUUAUAGGCAACGCAAGAGGAUCACAAGUCUAUGUAUGUGGCCAUCUUCAUUCUAUGGGAGGAUUAGUACCACAAAUGUACACAAUUCAAAGGAAAGGAUUUCUUGAACUCGAAUUGGGCGAUUGGAAAGAUAAUAGAAUGUACCGCUUGGCGGCUAUAGACCACGGAAUUUUUUCAUUCGUCGAUCAAAAACAUAAUACGUGGCCAGUCGUUCUCGUGACUAAUCCGAAACACGCGCUAUAUUCGAUGCCCGGACGUGAGCCCCUGAAUUUAAUUCAAUAUUCAACGCACGUAAGAAUCCUGGCCUUUAGCGAUGUAAAUAUUGACAGUGUACAGAUAUCUUAUGAUAAAAUAAAUUGGUCUGAGUGCAAAUUGGCAAAAAGACCCUUAUAUGUUUGUCAAUGGCAACCUGAUAUGUUUAAAAAUGAUUUACAUUACUUGUACGUCAUGGCUGUGGAUGAAAUCGGUAGAAAAGCUUUUGUGGAUCAUCCAUUUUCUUUGGACGGAUCAAAUUUGCAAUUCAAAGUUGUUCCGAGAAUUUUGCUUAUGCUUGAUGCGGGUGGUGUGUUUCAGACACUAUUUGGAACUCUAUUAAUGGUUAAUAUAUUACCAUUAGUGAUACUGAGGUUUCAAAAGCGACCGCCGAAAUGUCGCCGAGGCAUCGCUAACAAGAUUCUUAGAAGGAUUUGGUUGUUGACGAAGAUAGAUAGAGUUUUCUAUCCUCUAGUUUUGUAUGUGCUGUACAUACCGUUUGGGCCGUGGAUCAUCGGAGAACUGAUCGAUGGGUACAUCGGUGUUGUAUUUGCGUGGGGUAUCAUAAUAAAGGGGUCAUAUUUACCAGAACCGUUUACAUAUAUGUACGGUAGUGUGCAGUUGAUGUUUGUUCAUAUACCCCUUGUUUUUGUAUUAGCGUAUUGCCUUGAGAUGAGAUUAUUUGGGCAAAAUCUAAGAGGUUUUAAGAGACUUUUGAAGAAUUUACCAUUUAUAUUUUUGUUGUCAAUACAAUUGUUGUUGGCGUAUUUCUACUGGCUUGAAUAUGGCACUCUGGCAUUUAUAUUUGGACCCCUGAGGACAUGGAGUGUAUUCCUAAACAUACUUCUAUGGUAUAAAACGUUAACCUUACCUCCAGACUAUUGCAGGUCGUUGUUAAAAUUAGAAGACAUGCCGUCGUAAUGUUUGUAUGAAAUAUACUGACUACCAAUCAAAGAGCUUGCUGUGCACGCUUACAUACGAUGAACAUAUUUUAUAUUAUGUAUGAUUAUUUUUAUAUUCACAGGUAAUGCUUUUUGAAUCAAAUACUGUAGCUACACAAAUAACUGAAUCAAUUAUAUACGAGGCUAUAAGUUUGUCAUACAUAUUGAAACAUAGACAAUGUUAGGUAACAUUAAUACCAUGGGUUUCUAUUGACGAAACAAACAAAAACUUGUCUAUGAAAUCUAUGGUAUAGUUGAGUAUUGACAAUACCAAAGAAUAAAUUCGUUUCAAAAUAUGACAGUAUUACUAUAAUAAUUUAUAUUUUAUACUAAUAAUUAGUUCUGUUACGAGACAAAUAUAAAAUAUAUUUUGAGAAUUCAAACCAAAAGGUAACACCGAAGCUGUACUAGCGUUUUGAGUUAGAUUUUUACGGCGCCCUUUGUUAUGACUAAGAGCGUUAUGUGAGAGUAAUUCGCAGACUUGUGGUGUCUGUCAACCGCCCUGGGCGGCCGCUCAAACGCCCUUCCCUAACUUUAGAUCGCUAAAAUAAUCCUAAUUACUACUAGUAUUGUAUUGUAUAUUUUAAUUUUAUGUUUCUUUUAUUGUUUAUUUACAACAAAUUUCUAUAGGACGUGCUGUUAU